AACGUUAGCCUGAAGCCUGAAGUAGCGUCGCAUUAUUAAAGAAACAAGUCGGUGUUUUUCCGCCUUUACAUUGUCGUCUGGAGAAUGUUUUUAAGCGACGUUAUGUUGGGUAAUGUUACUGAGUUUGGUGCCUUGGGUCAUUUUAAAUUAAGACGGUUUCGCAUGUCUAAAUGCUAAUGGUAACCAAGGCUAAAGCUUGCUAGCUGUUAGCUCUGAGCUAACUAACUUAUUUUUUAAGACUGACUUGCACGCAUUGUAAAUAUAUUUGACUGAUUAUAAUUUAUAAAAUGACGCUGCAGAAGUAAACAACCACUCGUCCGUUUCGCUAAGUUAAUGUACUACAUAGUUCAGUUGAGAUACUGAUAAAUAAAUGUUAAAAGAGGAACACUAAUGAUUUUCAGUUUGACAACAUGCUGCCAUAGCAAGAGCACACAGCUUUCCUUUUUCAACGCAGGAGUGCUUUACCCAGACGGACUCUCUUAGAAAUCAUAAUCAAAUUUUCAGCCUGCCACAUCUGAAGCUACGUUCACUCCUUAUGGCUGCUUUAGGUUUUACUCCUGCCAGCGGGCAGGACGUUUUCAGCAUUGAAACAACCGACCAGUCUAGCUCUAAAACAAACAAUACACUUAAUGGAGAAGAGGUCAGGCAGUUCUACGAACAUUUAAUGACAGAUGAUAAGGCCCAAGAUGAAUCAAGAAGUGCAGUUUGCAAUAAAAAGCCUGGCAGAGAGCAUCAGAAUAAACGGAGGAGCAUGGAGUCCAGUAGAGGAGUCAGGAGGAGAGCCAGGGCUGCAGAGAUGCAGCUGGGUCAGACAGACUCUGUGGUGCAAAGAGAGAGUAGAGGUGGAAGUGAAGGCAGCUCAGGUAGAGAGACCAGCAACUCAGAAAGGUCCACGGAGCUCCUGGGGCUCAGGUUUCUGCGAUGUGCACAUGAGGGAGACGUCUCGGGUCUCAAAGACCUGCUCUCAAAGGGGGUGGACAUCAACUUCCAGGACACUUAUUUUUGGACAGCGAUGAUGUGUGCAAGUUGGUCAGGACAAAGAGCUGCAGUGAGGCUUCUGCUGCAGCACGGAGCAGCCUGGGUCGGAGUGGUUGAUACACAGGGCAGGGAUGCCAAAGACCUCGCACUGGAAGCGGGCAACAAUGAGGUUUUGGAGGAGUUGGAGAGCUACGGGCGAACUACUCAGAGAGAGACACAAUCUGAUAGAAGUGUCCCACGGCCUCAGUGGUGCGAUGUGUGUCGUAGCGAGUACAGCAGCAGCCUGUCAUCACAUCUCUCCUCCACUCUACAUCAGUUCAGUCUGCGGCGAGCUCCACCCACCCCCUACUACUGCCUCCCCCCGUCCAGCAACAGCUACAAGAUGAUGGUUCGCUGCGGCUGGAAGCCAGGGACAGGACUGGGGCCGGAGGGAGAGGGGCCUAAACAGCCGGUGCCAACUGUGCUGAAGAGAGACCAGAAAGGCCUGGGGUACGGACAGAUGAAAAGAGCCAAAGUCACUCACUUCCGACCCAGGGAUUGUGACGCAGUGAAACCACCAUCCAGGGACAGAGAGGAGAGAGGAGGAAGAGGACAGAGGAAGGAAGAAAGUAGGAGAAAGGAUCAAAAAGAUAAGAACUGGGAAAGAGACUUUCGUGCCUCUUUUUAUCUUUGACACCUGCUCACAGUGACUUUCCUGCAAGCCCUCUCUCCCAAACACGCCAAGAAAUAUCUCUGAAACAUUUAACAGAUCUAUUGUGAAGACAAGUUGUAUCUGUUUUCUAGUCAGAACUGUGGAGGUGUUUGUAAAACUCCUGGGAGGUUUUUUUUUUUUUCCAUGAAGUACUCUACCUCUAAGCUGAAACUGUGUCCAUUUAUGGAUUUGCCCAAAGGUUAUGCAAUGAUCAAAUGUGGCAUUGAUUGAUCUCUUUUUUUUUGUGAUUGUGUUCGCUCUGCGUGGCCAUAUGUGUUUACUGUUGAGCCGCCAAGACUGUUUGAAAAGGUGAUAUAAGUGGAUGGAUAAUUGGAAACGCCUUACUGAUCUUACACAAACAUCAGCGUGAACUCUGGUUAUAGUUCACGAUCCAGGAAAAAAAAAAUCAGUGUCACAGAGCUAAGUUGAUAUGUUUUAUAUAUUUAUAGUUUAUAGUUUUAUGUAGCUAUAAAUUUAAACUUUACACAACACCCAGGGUUCCCACAGUCAUGGAAAACCUGGUGAAAUCAUGGAGUCACAUUUUCCAGGCCUGGAAAAGUCAUUGAAUUAGUAAAAAACAAUAUUGAAUGUUUUGGAAAAAAAUGUGUGUGAUAAAAUGGUUAUAGUAUUGUUCCGCGGGCAACCUUCAAAGCAGUGUAACUUUGCUUUCAUAAUGCCAAAUUUAAUUUCUGUUGCUGUUGAAGUAACAGCUCUAAUAUGCGUCUGUGUGAGGUUUUUUUUUCACCAUCACAUGGGUUCAUUUUCUGCCCACAUUGCGUUUCUCUCUUCAUUCAUACCAGCUCGCUGAAAUUAUUCUUGUAUAGAGUAAGGGAUUUGGUAUGUUUAAAAAACUCUGAGCAAGUGGGAAAUAAAAAAAAAAAUAUAUAUAUAUAAUGGGUCCUUGAAAAGUUAUGGAAAAGUUUUGGAAUUUUAUCCAUGAAAAUGUGUGGGAACUCCGAACACCCCUUUAUGUGUGAGUCCUAUUGGAGGAACAAUUUCAUUAUAGUAUAUCUAUUAAUUGCUCUUCAGCAACUGCAGUAAUGCGGGUAAAGUUUGCCCUUGAUUGUAGAAUAUUACGCAACCACACAAACAACAGUGAACACUAGUUUGACACACCUGCAGCAGACUUGUGACUGCGUGAGUCAGAUGUUUGUCCAUAAAGUAGGUGCCAUAUCAGCAUGUCACUCUGCUAUCACUGCACUUUGAGAUUAUAGCACUUUGAGAUUUUGCUAAAUGUAAAGUGUGUUAUAAAUACAAUCUAUUAUUAUUAUUAUUAUAAUUAUUA